AUGAAGACGAUCCUGGGGGACCUCCGUUCCGAUGACCAGUUUUCAGUCCUCGACUUCAACCACCACGUGCGAACCUGGAAAGAUAGUUUAGUGCGAGCUUCCAAAUCAGACACCGAAGCUGCCAAGAAGUACAUCGAGGGAAUCCAUCCUAACGGAGGGUCACCGUAUGUUGGCUGCAACUUCAAGACUGUCGAAGCGAUGAAGACGAUCCUGGGGGACCUCCGUUCUGACGACCAGUUUUCAGUCCUCGACUUCAACCACCACGUGCGAACCUGGAAAGAUAGUUUAGUGCGAGCUUCCAAAUCAGACACCGAAGCUGCCAAGAAGUACAUUGAGGGAAUCCAUCCUAACGGAGGGACGAAUAUUAAUGAUGCUCUCCUCCGAGCCAUCUUUAUUUUAAACGAAGCCAACAGGAUGGGGAUGUUAGAUCCGAACUCUGCGUCCAUGAUUGUCCUGGUGUCCGAUGGAGAUCCUACUGUGGGAGAACUGAAGCUGCCUACCAUUCAGAAGAACGUGAAGAAAAACAUCCAGGACGACAUCUCGUUGUUCUCCCUCGGCAUCGGCUUUGACGUGGACUACGAUUUCCUGAAGAGACUGUCCAGCGAAAACAACGGGAUGGCGCAAAGGAUUUUUGGAAACCAGGAAACCUCCUCUCAGAUGAAGCAAUUCUACAACCAAAUCUCCACCCCGCUUCUGAAAAAAAUCGAGUUCAACUAUCCCCAGGGCAUGGUGUCGGACGUCACCCACAACAGCUUCCAAAACUAUUUUGGAGGAUCGGAGAUUGUGGUGGCAGGAAAAGUCGACACAGAAAACGUGCAACACUUGCAGAGCAUUAUCACAGCCACUGCCGCCAACGCAGAGUUAGUCUUGGAGACCUUGGCAGACUCGGAGGGUCUGGAUGAAUUCCUGAGCAAAGAUAAGCACGCAGAUCCCAAAUUCACUGAGACGUUGUGGGCCUACAUUACCAUCAACCAGCUUAUGGCCGAGAGGAAUCUGGCCUCGACGGCUGCCCUGAAAAGGAACAUCACGAAGAGGAUCUUGCAGAUGUCCCUCGACCAUCACAUCGUGACCCCGUACACGGCCAUGUUGAUCGAGAGCCCGAACGGAGAUGAGCUGAUGCUGGCCGACUCUCCCCGAGACCACAAGCGGGCGUGCUGCGCAGGUGCUUUAGCCGUUGGCCACCCAAAGCCUGACAACUCUAUCCCGCCCUGGGCCAGCUCCACCUCCAUGCCAAAGGAACCAUUAAGUCUCGUUAAGGGACCAACUGCAGCGGCCAUCCAUGCUGUGGACAACGAUCCCCAUUUUAUCAUCAACCUGCCCAGGCAACAGAAGAACAUCUGCUUCAAUAUCAAUUCCAAACCUGGAGCGAUCCUGAACUUGGUUUCAGAUGCUGACUCUGGGAUUGCUGUCAACGGACAGCUCGUCGGGGCCAAGCAGGCCGUGAGCGAAAAGCUUCAGACCUACUUCGGCAAGAUUGGGUUCGAUUUCAGAGAGAAAGGCAUCCGGGUCGAAGUGAGCACCGCAGCCAUCACCCUGAUGGACGGCUCCUCCAGUAUCUCCCUCUCCUGGUCUGACACGGGGAGGAUCAUCCGGAGAAGACUACUCAUCGUGGUGAACAGGAACAGCAAUGCCACCAUCGUCAUCAACGGGAACACGACUUUCACCGUUUUGCUUCACCGAGUGUGGAAGAAGCAUCCAGUCAACGUUGACUUCCUGGGUAUCUACAUUCCUCCCGAAAACCACUUCUCCUCCAGCAUCCAUGGCCUUAUAGGCCAGUUCAUACUUGAGCCCACCGUGCACAUCUACAACGAACGGCCGGGGCCAGAUCCAGAGAAACCCGAAGCCACCAUGGAAGUCAAGGGCCUCAAGCUCACAGUUACCAGGGGAUUCCAGAAGGAUUACCGCCUGGACCGAGUGUUCGGGAUUCGCGUCCAAUGCUGGUUCGUGCACAACAGUGGGAAGGGCUUCCUCGAUGGCCACUACCAAGAUUACCUCGUCCCGACUCUGUACAGCUUUCUGAAUCGUCCCUGA